UCAGUCAGAGGCGCCACUUUGAGCUUGCGGGGGCAGCCAGCCAGGCAGCAUGGCCGCGGGAGUUUCGCCCCGGCUGCGGUGGGAGACGCUGGAGCAGAGGAAGCACGGGGGAGAGAACCUGUAUUAUCAGCUGCACGCGGAGAAGAUGCAGCAGCUGCCCGCAGACGUGCACAGGUUCUGUGACCCGGAGACGCCCGCCCCCCGCAGGAAGGAGCUGCUCCACCUGCUGAGGAGCCUGGAGGAGGGCUCCAGCUGCCAGCGCCUGCAGAUCCUCUUCUCCUUCUCUGUGCCCAGCCCCCAGGUGCUGGAGCUGCUGUGUGCCCUGAAUGUACCGCUGGUGUCUGCAGGAGCUGGCACAGGAUACUGGGAAUUCUUGUUGCAGUCUCGUGGACUGGAUGUAGUGGCUUUUGAUCAGAACACCAUUUUUCCUCCAGAGAUGCGUUACACAGAGGUUCUGACUGGAGGUCCUGAACUCUUGGAGCACUACCCAGAUAGAGCCUUGUUUCUUGCCUGGCCUGAUGCAGACGAAUCUUCCCAGUUUUCUCUGGAUUGUCUGGCUUUCUUCAGGGGUCACACACUUUUCCAUGUGGGUGAACUCCUUGGUGAAACACUGUCUUCCAACCCCUGGGGUCAGUCCACCUCACGUGCCUUCCAGCUUUCCCUGGCUGAGGACUUCUGCUGUGUGAAGCGGAUUCGGUUGCCCAGCUGGCCAGGGCAAGUGGACUCCUUUAGCGUAUGGAAACGGAAGAAUCCCCAGUUUGUGCUCUGUGAUGGGGCUCAUUUCCAGUAUGUGGAGACUGAUUUCGAAAUAUAGCCUGUCAAGUAUAUUAUUUUUGCACACAAACAUAACUGAUAAGCCACACAGCUUCCAUGGUGAUGGCUGACCGUGACUGAUGAUCUCGUGUCGUUCUCACUCGAACACAGUGAAUUCAUACGUCUUCCAGCAGGACUGAAAGAAAUCAUAU